UAGCUGAAAUAGGUUUUCUACUAUUAAAUAGCAGUAGAAUUGCUUGAGAGGGAGCUUUUCAACUUCGAGCGCUGAUCAUUUGGCGAGUUCCAACUUUGUUUGAGUUGCGUUUUGCAUCUGAUUCUGGGAGGGGCACAACUUUGUAGCCUCCUCCGGUUGUUGUGCGUCAAUCAGCAACUUGCUCCUUUUCUCGCCCUUCCUUUUGAAAUUGGCCACAUAUCUGCCCUUGACAAAAGGACAGCUGCUUUCUAAUGGCGGGGGGUAAGGAGCUGGAAAUGCAGCUCGAGAGGGAAGCAAAGGCGUUCCAGACCAUACAGAAAGAGAUUCAGAAGAACCACCAGCUACGGCAGCAGUUCAAAACACAACUUGGCGAGAACGAGCUGGUCAAAACGGAGCUUGACAUUCUGGACGACGAGUCCAAUGUGUACAAGCUGAUAGGGCCGGUCCUGGUCAAGCAAGACCUAGUGGAAGCGAAAGCAAACGUCGACAAGAGGAUAGAGUACAUCAGCGGAGAGACGAAGCGGCUAGAUGGGGCGUUGAAGGACUUGGAAAGGAAAGCCAGUGAAAAGCGGCAAGAGGUGAUGAAGAUGCAACAACGUCUGCAAGAUCUUCGAAGUCAGGCUGCAAAAUGAUAAGUAACCCUUUACAAAUCCUAACUCGGAAGAGCAGUGUUCCUUAUGCGAAACGUGUGUCUUUUAAAGCCGGCACAAUUAGUCCCGGGUCAGACAUGCAUGCGUGUGAGGCAAAGAGACCAAGAUUACCUUCCAUGAUAAAUUACAGAACAGGCUGACCAUUUGGGUCGGAGCACUCUCUGAGCCACACCUUAGCAUGUUUGAGGUUGAAUGCGUACAGCGAUGUGAACUGUUCAAGUUGGUCGAGCAGUCUGUAACGAAC